AUGUCCAGCGUGUGCAGCCGGCCGCCCAGCACUCCCUUCUCCAGCACGUGCAGCUGCACGCCCUGGCCGAACUUCUGCCAUCCCCUCACGGGCCCCCCCUUGACCUUCAAGGACCUUGAGGGGUCCCUCCAUGGCACCUUCUCACAGAUCCUAUCAAAGGAUCCCCCUCACACCCUCAAGGGACAUCCCCCACACCCCCUUGCAGCAGAUCCCCCCUCAACUUCCCCCCUGAGUGCGGCCCGGGCAGGCUGGGGGAGCCAGAAACAUCAAGGUCCCAGCUCCUCUGGGAAUUCCAUCCCAGCCCCUCUCACCCUCAUUCCACCCCAAUACCCUGUCUCACCCAGCCCUCUGGCAGUGGAAAGCCAUUCCCCCUUUUCCUAUCACUCCAUCCCUGGUCCCAAACCCCUUUCCAGGCUCCAGUGUGUCCAACAUCCGUGUCCCUGCCUGUGUUUGCCCCUCAGGUACGUGGGGAACCUCUCCAGGGACGUGACCGAGGCUCUGAUCCUGCAGCUCUUCAGCCAGAUCGGCCCCUGCAAGAACUGCAAGAUGAUCAUGGAUACAGCUGGCAAUGACCCUUACUGCUUCGUGGAGUUCUACGAGCACCGGCACGCGGCGGCGGCGCUGGCGGCCAUGAACGGCAGGAAGAUAAUGGGUAAGGAGGUCAAAGUGAACUGGGCCACCACCCCCAGCAGCCAGAAGAAAGACACCAGCAAUCAUUUCCACGUGUUUGUUGGAGACCUCAGCCCUGAGAUCACAACUGAAGACAUCAAAGCAGCCUUUGCUCCCUUUGGAAGAAUCUCGGAUGCACGGGUGGUCAAGGACAUGGCCACGGGCAAGUCCAAAGGCUAUGGCUUCGUGUCCUUCUUCAAUAAAUGGGACGCUGAGAACGCCAUCCAGCAGAUGGGGGGGCAGUGGCUCGGGGGGCGACAGAUCCGAACCAACUGGGCCACCAGGAAACCUCCAGCUCCCAAGAGCACCUAUGAGACAAACACCAAACAACUGUCCUACGACGAGGUGGUCACUCAGUCCAGCCCCAGCAACUGCACCGUGUACUGCGGGGGGGUCACCUCGGGCCUCACAGAGCAGCUGAUGCGCCAGACCUUCUCCCCGUUCGGGCAGAUCUUGGAGAUCCGAGUGUUCCCGGAUAAAGGCUACUCCUUUGUCAGGUUCAGCUCCCACGAGAGCGCUGCCCACGCCAUCGUCUCCGUCAACGGCACCAGCAUCGAGGGGCACGUGGUGAAAUGUUACUGGGGCAAGGAGACACCUGACAUGGUCACACCUGUGCAGCAGGUCAGGCACUGAGACCUGAUUAAUCACCCUGUUAAUUGGCUG